CCCGCCCGUCACGACGAGCGAGGCGGAGACAAACGAGAGGGAUUUUUAAAGGGCCCCGGGUCCAACGGGGAAGAGAGAGAGAGAGACAACCAGACGGGAGCUUGUCGGGGAGGAGAGAGAGAGAGAGUGGUGGUGGUGGUGGUGAGAUGGCCGGCCGUGCGACGGCGACGGCGACGGCGGCGGGGAAGGACAGGUCCAGCUUCGCCGUCACCUGUAGCCUCCUCAGCCAGUUUCUCAAGGAGAAGAAGGGCGGCGGCGGCGGGCUGCAGGGGCUCGGCCUCGGCUUGCGGCCGGCGCCGGCGGCGCCGCCCGCCGCGGGAGCUGGAGGUGCUUUCCGGCCGCCGCCGACCACCAUGAACUUGCUGUCGGGGCUCGACGCGCCGGCGGUGGAGGUGGAGCCAAACACGGCGGAAACAGCGGCCGACGAGCUGCCUCUCAUCAAGGCCCCGGCCGAUCAGCAAAGCGACGAAAGUGCAAGUGAGGCAGCUGGAGAGAAGGCUCAACAGCUGACCAUCUUCUACGGUGGAAAAGUAGUCGUCUUUGAGAACUUCCCGUCCACCAAGGUCAAGGAUCUCUUACAAAUCGUAAGCACAGGCGAUGGCGUCGACAAGAACACCGGCACCGCGGCAACGCAGAGCCUGCCCCGACCCGCACACAACAGUCUUCCCGAUCUGCCGAUUGCAAGGAGGAACUCGCUCCAUAGGUUUCUCGAGAAGAGAAAGGGCAGGAUGAAUGCAAAUGCUCCAUACCAAGCUAACUGCACCGCUGCACCGUCCAAGCAAGCUAACGGUGACAAAUCUUGGCUUGGGUUUGGCCAAGAGAUGACAAUAAAGCAGGAGAUAUGAUAUGACCUCUUAGCUUACAGUUCACUGUCAAGUGUCAAGUGAUCUGUGGGGAAGAGAUGCGUGGUUGGCUGGUUGCUAGUGCUAGUGUAUUCCCCCGUAGCUUCAAAGCAUGAAUAAUUACUCAAUACUACUACAUUACUACUAGUAAGAACUUAAUCAAUACUAGGAAUCAAGCUGGUGGUUAAUUCUGCCUGACCAUUGGCAUCCUGGAAUAUAUAUAAGCACACACACGGGUUGUUUGUUCUCCACAUUGUUUGCUGCUGGAGCCGUAUGCUCACUGCAGUUUAUAUCUGUCUAGCUGGUUACCCACCUCAGCCUCACCAUGUUUCGGGAAUAAACACUGUGUAUGUGCAAAUUCUUCAUUUCUCGUUCGGUUUCGCCGUAUAAAUUACAUUGUUACUAUUUUGGCUCCUUGUUGCUUGAGGAUUUAUAUGUUUAAUAUGGGACAUAUAUUUGUGUCUUAUUUUUUUUUAA